AUGGCCUACCAAAAGCGUCCUGCCUCUAGCUAUCAGCCUUGUGAUACCUUCUUUGUGGAGUCGUAUGAUGACUUCCCGGCUCCCCGUAUGGAACCCAAGGAGCAUGCGAGACUGAUUGCCCGUGAGCGUCAGUAUGCCAUUGCGGAUGAACUUUCCAAAAUCACUAGCGAAGAAUUCCGUGAUGACAUUCUGGCGCACAUGCUGGACAUGGAUACCGCCACUCUUCCUGACGUUGAGUCCAUCGACAUUCAAACCGAGAUUCAAUGGUUCAUGCGUCCCUACCUCCUUGAUUUCCUGAUUGAAGCCCAUACCGCGUUCCAACUGUUGCCGUCUACCCUGUUCCUGACAAUCAACCUGCUCGACCGAUACUGCUCGAAACGUGUUGUCUACAAGAGACAUUAUCAAUUAGUCGGGUGUGCGGCUCUACUCAUCGCCGCCAAAUACGGUGACAAGAAGGACCGUGUUCCUACCAUCAAGGAACUCAAGUCGAUGUGCUGCGCCCUUUACGACGAUGACAUGUUCAUCCAGAUGGAGUGGCACGUGCUGCAGACUUUGGGUUGGACGAUCGGACAUCCCACGGUAGACAACUUCCUACAGAUGGCCGUCAUGGAUUGCCCUUACGACGCUGAAGUCGAACACCUGGCUCUUUAUAUCGCGGAAAUAUCUUUGUUCCAUCGGGAAUUCGUCUCCAAGCCCUCGUCCGAUCUCGCCAGAGCCUCUUUGGCUCUGGCACGGUGCAUUCUGAACCGGACUCAGCCUCGCCACACCGAAUGGGCUUCUCAAUACGACUCAAUGACGCUAGUGGGCUUGUCUCAACAAUUACACCAGCCCUCCCAGGUGCUCUCGAGGAAGUACUCAUCGGCCCACUAUUCUCGGGUGUCGAAGGUCCUGGAGCAGUUCCUCACCCGGCAGGCCUCGGUUGCGAGCUACACGCCCCCUAGCCCGUCAACCGAUGUUGUCCCGGCCGAGUCUAAACCCUAUGAAGGGGAAAUUGGUCUUGCGACGCCGCAAAAGGCCCCGCAAUCAUCCACCAUGGCUCACGGCUACAUCACACCGCCAAUUACUCCUGAAAACGAGGUCUUCGCCAACGGUGGUAAUCCCACCUUUGCCAAAGGAGUAGCUGGCACGAGCGCCUGCUCACCGUCACCCACGCCCCCUCCUAGUGUUCCUUACACGGGUGCUCCUGCUUACGCACAGGAAGCGACAUAUCAACAACAAUAUCUCCAACCUCAGAUGUCGUUCAGCACGGGCUACUAA